UUCCGUUUUUUUCUCAGUUAAGGAAAGAGCCAUAAUGGCGGCAGCACCUCCCCCACUGGACCCAGAUCUCAUGAGGGAGGUUCUUGAGUGCCCUAUAUGCCUGGAGACCUACAACCAGGAUCAAAUGAGACCCAAACUGCUGCAGUGUGGUCACACAGUGUGCCGGCAGUGUUUAGAGAAGCUGUUGGCAAACACUAUAAAUGGUGUACGCUGCCCCUUCUGCAGCAGAGUCUCCCGUAUGAGCAACAUCUCCCAGCUGGCCGAUAACCUCACUGUGCUGAAGAUCCUAGAUUGCACAACAUCCUGCAGUGCUGCUGCUGCUGCCCUGAUGUGCAAAUCCUGCUGUAACCGCCUGCCACGACAGUACUGCCAUGACUGUGCCUCUGUUCUCUGUGAGCUCUGUAAAGGGGAGGGCCACCUGCAGCAGGGCCAUUCAGUGGAGCCGAUAAGGGUGGCUGCUGAACAGCGGCGCAAAGAGCUAGGCGGCAAGCUGACGGCCCUGCGUGAUGUCAUGGAGGAAAUUCAGAAGAAAAAGACAGCAAUUGAUAAAAUUUCCAAGUCCUUGAGAUUAAAGUACCACGCGGUGCAGCAGGACUACACUGCGACCGAGCUACGUCUUCAGGAGGAACUGAAGAGGUCUCGAAGGACGUUCACUGCCGCCAUGGCAGAUGUGGAAAAGUUAAAUGGGCACGUCAUGGAGGAGCAGACGUAUCUCCUUAAUAUUGCAGAGGUAAAAGUUGUGUCUCGCUGCGAUUAUCUGACGAUGCUGGUGAGGCAGAGUGAUACAGCUUUGCUAAAGGACGAAGGAGGAGGCUGUGAUGACGAAGAGCUGGAUCUGAGGAGCACGUUGCCCACCAUGUUCCACCUGCAAGAGCCAGAGCUGGUCAGAACAGAGCACUCUAAACCUGUAGAAGUGGGCCAUUUGAACACAAAUACUUUUACUGCGAGUACAGAUGAUGAGGAGAGUGGGUUGGAGUUUCCAAUUGAGGCCGAUGUAGAGAGUGUAGCUGGAGCGACAGGUGGUGCACCAGGGGCUCUAGCGGAUCUCUACAGAGACAUCGACAUGGUUGCUGCUGUAGAUGUGUGUGGCUCACCGGGCAACUUUAAGUCAAAAUCCAUGGAUGCUGGUGGGGGAUCACCUGGAGGAGCUGGGUCAAGCACCGGGCCACCUGUGUGCCAGUUUGUAAAGAAGAUGGGCUGCAAGGGAACUCUACCCGGCAUGUUCAAUUUACCCGUCAGCAUCUGUGUAACACCCCAAGGAGAGGUGCUUGUGGCCGACCGUGGCAAUUACCGCAUCCAGAUCUUCAACCGCAAAGGAUUCCAACGUGAAAUCCGCCGCAAUGCGAGCAGCAUCGACAACUUUGUCCUGAGCUUCCUCGGUGCCGACCUGCCUAAUUUGAUUCCCUUAUCCAUUGCUGUCACUCCUCAAGGCCUGAUCGGGAUCACAGACAACUAUGAUAACUCAGUCAAAGUCUACACUAUGGAAGGACACUGUGUGGCCUGUCACAAGAAUCAGCUGAUCAAGCCAUGGGGCAUCACUGCCAUGCCUUCAGGUCAGUUUGUGGUGUCGGAUGUGGAAGGUGGAAAGCUGUGGUGCCUCGCAGUGGACCGCAACGUAGGUGUGGUCAGCUACAACCGACUGUGCUCUGCCGUGCGGCCAAAGUUUGUGACAUGUGACGCAGCUGGGACAGUCUAUUUCACCCAGGGUCUGGCCCUGAACUUUGAGAAGAGACACAACGAGCCCCACCUGGAGGGCGGCUUUUCUAUCGGCUCCGUUGAUACCGACGGUCAACUAGGAAAGCAGCUCAGCCAUUUCUUCUCAGAGACGGAGGACUUCCGCUGUAUCACAGGCAUGUGUGUGGACGCAAACGGGGAUUUACUCGUAACGGACAGCGGCAGGAAAGAGAUCCUGCAGUUUCCCAAAGAGGGUGGAUUCAAAGUUCUCAUCCAGGACGGGUUGACCUGCCCUGUCGGGGUGGCCACCACGCACAAGGGACAACUGCUGGUGCUAGAUUGUUGGGACCACUGUGUGAAAGUCUUCACAUACAUUCAGAGGAGGCACUCCUCGACUUCGUAAGGAAACAAUCCAGACUAUCUGCACAUGAGCACGUGAGGUUUAUUUAGUAAGUGUUGGUUGGUGGGGGUGUGUGUGUGUGUGUGUGUUUGGGAAAGAUAGAAGAACACUGUUAUCUGUCACUUUAGUUUGGCUUCAAUCCAAACAGUUCUCACUCUAGCUUUCAUUGAGUUAUUAGAAAGAAUGUUUCAGUCAGUUAGAUUCAGUUUAAAGCCUUGUGGAUUUUAGUUUUAUAAAUCAGCUUCCUAAACUGUGUGUUCCUUAUUAUUGUAAUGGUUCAAACACUUAAAACAGAGUUGUAACAUCCAAAAAUCUGGCAUCUGUGCAAUUAUAAUAACACGCAGAGGGGCAGGUGAUGUCGACGCUAAUGCAGAGUACAGAUGAACUUCCUUCCUCUAUUGCCGACUGUUUGUGAUGCGUAGCUUCCACAGAUUUGGCUCAGCUUUGCAGGAGAAGAAAAAAAAGGAGAGGAAAGAGCUGAAAAUGAAAAUGCAUUUACAUAUACAGUUAAUCAUAACAAGGCUUUUGGCCUGUGAAGCACUUUAUUGUCGACGCGGCACUGUUUCCUACUAGUGUUGGGUUGAAGUAGCACAGACUCACAUUGAUGUUGCUGCUGAAAGCAGCCGGCAGCUUUAAGGGGUUACUGUGCAGUUAGCUAACGGGCGAAAACAGUAACCAAAGUAUCAGCAUCCAUUGAAUUACAUUCAGGGAGCAUUAAGUGUAGGAUUUUAAGUUAAUAGAGCGGACGUGAUAAGUAAUUAACGGGGGUUGUGUGGGCUCCCAGCUUUGACUGACAUGUAAAGAAAACCUUUUGUUGGGGCCUAUAAUUUUAAGUUAACUAAGCGUGUGUUGUCAAAUGCUUUGAAAGGUUACUGAUGUUUGAUUUAUAGAUCACAUACACAUUGUUCAUUAUUUUCCAGUACUUUUUAACACUAGCCCGAGCUAGUAUAUUAGCCAGACCUUGAGUAAGCAGUUGAUCACCUUUUAGAGCAGUGGAUAAGCUUGUAGGAUAUUUCAGAGCCAAUGUUAAAAGUUAUUUUUUGCUUUUCUUACAUUUAACUUUUUAAGUUUUCCAGCCUCGACCUCUAUCUGCAAGUUAAACGUUUUUUAACUGCUCAGGAUUCUUUUCCAGUUUGUCUGCUCAGUCAUACAAUCCCCUUUCAGCUUUCUCUCUUAGUGUCCAACUGUGUCUAUUUUGAAGAGAGAAGCUUAAGUUUUAAGGUUUCGGAUGAUCUUGUAAUUGUACGGCCUGUGAGAUGUCAAGGUUUUGUAUUUUCUCUACCCUUUUUUGAACUAGCUACAUAACACAUUUAUAGCUAUACAACUAAACAGCUCUAGCACCGUGACAUCAUUGACCCAGAGGCGGCAGCGGAAGUCCUCAACUUGAAUGAGGUGAACAGACUUUGUUGAAAGCCUGGCGUUUUAUUCCAUAGAACUUCUUCCAUGCCUUUCUUUCCUUACGGCCAGCUCAGCGCUUACACAACCUCUGGAUCAAUGGCGCGGGUGUUCAGACUUAACACUGCUCGAGUGAAAGCACGUUUAAAGUCCAACAUCAGCCCCAAGAUCGUCAAAAUAUUCCAUACUUAUAUACUUGUCAAAGACGCAUGUUUUGAAACCAUACAUUCUACUUUGUUUUAAUGAUUGAUUUUAUCAAAAAUGUACCAAAGCUUUAAAAACAUUUUUUUUAAAAGCUGCUGUAAGCAGAAGUAAGAGCACUGUCAAAAUUCCACCAAUAAAGCCGUUUAUACACUCCUGAAAAUACAAGUUAUUUCAGAAGGACUGCUACAGAGAUUCUCCUGACCUGGCUGUUCACAUAUGCUCCUCACAGCGGGAGACUAUUAUAUUGGACAUAUUGGAGCAUCUUAGACAGUAUGCAGGAGUUUACCUGCAAUUUGAGGUAAUUUAUAAAAAAGCAAUCCCCCAAAACUUGGUUCCCAGGACUUGUAAUUUUGUUGCCUUGGUUGAUAUUGUUUGUUUUUACUAGUAUCAUAUUUUAGUUUAAAUUCUGGUAUCAUGAUGAGUUUAUUCCCACGCCAAAAGUUGUUUUUGUUUUUUUGUGUUUUUACACUGAGAUGUCGGUGCUAUGCUUCUUUGUCUCCCUCAGGUUCUGCUAUCCCCCAGCAGACAAUUUGAGUUCUCUUUAGUUUGGAUGUAGUCAGUUAGAAGGGUGGUAUAACUUUAAAUUCAUGUAUAUCUGCAUGUAUUUAAUUUUACUUCAGUUGUUUUUUGAGUCAAGAUAAAGCAUUAAGAAGGUGAUGAGUUCAGGUACAUCAAUAAAAACACUCCUUUAUUCAAUUAUUUAGUGGCCGAAAUAUGGGGAAUCAAGUUAAUCAUUGAAACCCGCUUGUUGAUACUGUAUAUGUAAGAUAAUGUAUGUGUGUAUAAAAGUUGUGAAUAAUAAAAACGCCUGCACUGAGGCCGUGCGGAUCUUCCAGACAAGCUUUGCUCACGAGAGCGUAAUGCAUACUGACUCCGUUCAGCCUUAAAGAUGAAAUCAGUUCACAAAGCUGACCUUAACUCUGCACAUGGAGCCCUAUUACUAAACAGCAACGUGCAAAUAUACAUAUCUGAUAAUCAAACAAUGUGUGUUUUUAAUGUUUCUACAGAUACAUAGAGAUAAAGAUUAUGAGGUGAAGUCUGUCACAGUCAUACUUGUGCUUUUUUUUAAUUUGGACAUGUUAGUUUGUAGUUUGCUCAUCGUUAGAUUUCCAUUAAAACUAAUACGACUUUAAGAGAAAAUAGACUCAGCUGCAUGUCAACCUUGCCAUUAAAACUGUCCCCCCACUGUAUACACUUUUCCCAAAUGUCCACUAGAAGUAAUCAAUAACUGGAGAAUCUUCAACCUUAAACAGUGACAGAAAAAUGCAGAAAAUGCCAGAAAAAUCAAGUGUCCUUGUGUCGGUGUGCUGAACAUCACAGUGUGUCUCAUCUCCUCGUUCUGUCAUUCAAAAGAUGUCGUUUCUUCUCAUGCUUUUUCUUUAAGGUUUAAUAUUUGACACCAUUAAAUGUUAAUGCAAUACUGCUGUGUCUCCAUGAACCACUCUCCCAUGUGUUUGAAGUGUAAUGUCCUUUUGGAGGCUGUGAAUUCAAAAAAAAAAAAAAAAACAUGUGUCGAACACAUCACAGACAUCUCCGUGUUGUCCUAUUAAUGUUUGUACCAUCGAUAAUCUGAGUGCAAUAAAGAUUUAUGAAACA